AAUGUUAAACCGGUUCAGGAGAAUACAAAUAUUUCAGCUGCCAAGAAGGACGCUUCACCCACUGGGAAUCCGACGGAAUUCUCUUGGGAAACGUAUCUCAAGGAAACUGGGAGUGUACCUGCUCCAACGCAUUGCUUCAAACAGCACGCGGAUCCGCCGGUGAACGAGUUCAAGCCAGGAAUGAAGCUGGAAGCCGUCGACCCGCGAAACACCACAUCGACCUGCAUCGCAUCCGUCGUUUCCACAGUGGGUCCUCGUCUCUGUCUUCGUUUGGACGGCGGCGACAAUUCCAACGACUUUUGGCGUCUAGUGGACUCUGUCGAGAUCGGGCCAAUUGGCCAAUGUGAGAAAAACGGCGGGAUGCUUCAGCCUCCGCUGGGAUUCCGCAUGAACGCGUCCUUUUGGCCCGUGUUUCUCCUGAAGAAUCUCAACGGCGCCGAAAUGGCGCCCCCAAAGUGCUUCAAAAGGGAACCCGCUACUCCGGAGGUCAACCUUUUCCAGCCCGGCAUGAAGCUGGAAGCGAUUGAUCGGAAGAAUCCGCUAUUUAUUUGUACCGCCACAGUUGGAAAAGUGAACCAGGACAUGGUGCAUAUAAGUUUCGACGGAUGGAAAGGAGCCUUCGACUAUUGGUGUCGAUACGAUUCCCGCGACAUCUUCCCAGUUGGAUGGUGCAGUGCAGCUGGUCACCCACUUCAGCCUCCGGGACAGAAAUGGUCUACGAAGCCAGGUUCGCGGUAUUACCGAGUCAACAAUGCGUCCGCGAAUCCGCAGUCGGUGUCACCGCCGCCUGCCGCGUCGCCGCCGCCGCCUCUCGUUCCGAUCUCAGCAGUCAUCUCGUCGAAAACGACCGGUAAGGUGCUCAGGUCUUCCACGGCCCCACCGAAGACCAAAGAAGAGCCACAGAGAUCCAGUGGCCGACCGCAACGCAAAAGAAGAUUGGUCGAAAGUGAGAGCAGUGAAUCUGACGAGUCCCCGAAAAUCACGCCAGAAAUUGUUAACGAAACGCCUGUGGAAGUGCCACCAGUUUUGUUGGAACUUUGUUUCAAUAAGAAUUGCAAUGCUGGGCAAUUUUUGGAUCCGGAAAAUGUGAAAAAAUUGCCGAAAAAUUUACCGGCGGCGAAACUUGUGGAUCAAGCGACGGCCCUGUGGUCAACUCUGCAACCCUGUGCCAUUGGAGGGAAGAAGCUGGAAGACGUGUUCGCGGAAAGCAAAUUUGCUCUCCCUUUGAAUGUGUUGACCAGCCAGAAAGGAACCGCUGAAGAGUGGACGGACUACUUGGAGCGGAUAAGCAAAGCACUUCAGUGUUGCCCGUCUUUCCUGGCGACGAAAAAUUUGGCUGACGAAAAGUGUGGCAAAUGCGUCGUGGUGGUGGAAACGCGGAAACAGAACGCUGGCACGUCGUGGGAGCGGCGAGCCCAGGUGCCCGUGGCGCCGGUGGCUCCGGCGUCCCACGUGGCUGUCGCUGUGGCGCCUCGAGUUGUGCCGUCGUCCACCACUCCGUCCCAGUCGUUGGCCGACAUUGUCCGUUGGUCUAUUGACGACGUCAUUCGCUACAUAUCUCUCAUCGAUCCCUCUUUGGGCGCCCAUGCGGACUUGUUCAGGCGACACGAAAUCGACGGAAAGGCGUUGGUGUUGUUGGAUUCCGACAUGGUCAUGAAGUACAUGGGACUCAAGCUCGGUCCCGCGCUGAAAAUCUGCAACAUUGUGAACAAACUCAAGCAGAAGAAACUGCGCGAGGAGUACGAAAUCCUUGAAUUAUUCGCUGAAAUGGGAAUCGGAGCCGUGGUGUGGAUGUUGAUGUUCGGCGCGUGUCUCGGAGUGGACGUGACGCCGCAAUUUUUGCAGGACCUGACUGGCAAAAGCGAGGCAUUGUACCCAGCAGCGUUCGCGGAUGUCGACGGAGAUCGUUUCACGGACGUCAUCCUGUUGUCGAACGAUGCCCACGUUUUGCAGAUUUUGCUCGGGGGUCGCGAGAUGCCCAUCAAGUCCUUUGGAGCCCAGGUUGCCUGUGACUGGAUGGAAGAGAGUGAACGGAUAACGAGUGUGGUGCCCGGGGACUUUGACGGCGACGAGACCCUGGACAUAAUCAUCACUUACUCGAGGAAAGGGUCCCAGUUUUCCACUUUGGAGGUCAUUUGGGGAAGCGGUGACGGCGAAUUCAAGUGCAAGAAGACUCCGUCUUCUAAUGAAACCUUGGAGUUUGAAGAUCAGCCAUUGGCGAUGGACUUCAACGGAGACAUGAUACCCGACAUAUUCGUCAUCAACGAAGACGGCGUCCCGGUCGUGUGGACAUGGUCCAAAGACCGAGUCGCAUCUCCCAACUACAUGUUCUACAUUCCGUCCGAAGUGCGUCCCUUUAGUCUCCACGUGCCGCAUUCGAACGCCUUUGUUGACCUGGACGGCGACUACCACUCGGACCUGGUCCUAACAGGAAGCAAGCAACUCCUCGUGUUCCCAACCCGACACGACUUGAAACCCUACAGCAUCCCGUGGCCCCGCGACGUCGACAUGGAAGCCAUUGGCCAAGCCGCGUUUUUCGACGCCGACGCUGACGAUCAGAUUGAUUUGUUAUUGCCGUCGUGCACGUACGUGAGUUCUUUCCAGAGUCGGUAUUGCACGGACGCCGUUUUGUACGUGCGACCCGGGGGCGCCAAGGACGGGGACUGGGUCCGAUUGGAACUAUCCAAGCACAACGGAUCCGAGUGGACCUUUGCCCUGGAAAAGGGCAAGCGGUACAUUGACACCAUUUCCCUGCGGUUCGGUGACUACGAUUUGGACGGAUAUCCGGAUUUCCUCGCCACCAUGAAAAACACCGAGACGCAAGAACACCGCGUCAUUUUAUUCCGCAACGUUCCGUCGUCGGCGAAUCCCGGGUUCUCUAGAACGUUCGUUCCGGAUCCCGCCGCGUUUCGCGAACAGAAUACCAUCAUGGGCGCCUUUUUCGACCUGCACGAAAAUGGACUUUUGGACGUGAUGCUGUUGAGACACCACGAGAAACAUCCCGAGGAUCACGGAUUGAUUCUGUAUGAGAACGAUCGUCCCGUGGGCUACGAUCACUACUUUCUCAAAGUCGUUGUUUUCGGGCCGAGGAAAAGCAGCGUUAUCGGAGAAGAUCUCUAUUCGGCGCCGACGAAUGUCGCUGGUGCGACGGUGUCGUACAUUUUGGACGACUUUGUCGGCAAGCAGAAAACCGCGAAAGCUGUCCAACAAAGUCAGACGUCUCAUUUCGCGUUGCAGUUGCCGUAUGUGAUUUUCGGGCUUGCGGACGUGUCCAAUUUUGUUGAGUCCUUGACAGUGGGGCUCAAUGUGAAUUGGGUGAAUGGGACUUUGAGACAGGAUUUGCUGAAAAGCUGGUAUCAGUUGAUUCCGAAUUCCCAAGUUUACGUGAUCCCGAGUCCACUGGAAAUCCCGAAGGAAUGGAAGAUCAAGUUGUAUCUCACACCGAAGCAUCUGAUUGGAAGGACGAUGUUGAUGUUGUGGAGUCUCGGUUUUGCGGCGUUGAUCAUCGUGGCGAUCAUUUAUUGGAGGGAAAAGAUGCUGGAUCGGAAAGAGAAGCGGAAGGAGGCUUAUAUGAUGUAUUUCGGUGCCCUGAGGGGAUGAAAGCGUCGUGGGGAAUUUUUUUUUUUUUCAUUUUUGGUGCUGUCUUCAUAACCUACCAUGUUUUCCGAAAGAGAAGUAAGAUCGGUUGUUUUAUAAAAUUUUUCAUGUUCGCGGAAUGCUGUAGGGCUUAUUUUAAGAGAAGAUCCUGUUUGGAAGAUUGAUUUUCUUCCGUAUGGCGUUAAUUGAGAAAAAUAACCCUCAAUUCAUUUUUUCAAUUCGUAAACUUUUUGAUGUAAAAGAAUCCCUCUUCAUGCAGGCGUAACUUGGGAGUAUGGAAAUAUUUUUUUAAGCAUUCCGUUGCCCCCAGAUAUGCAGGAGGUCGUGAAAAAACCUUCAUCCUUAUGGUUUGAUGACGGCAAAAUUAAGUGGACGUUUUUUUGUGUGUUUUUUCCAAAAGGCCAAACAACGAAUUUCGUCGCAAACAUCAGGAUUAUUGCCCAAGUCGUAUCUGCAUUGCACAGAAACUUCGCUGUAACCAAGAAAAUAACUCUUUAUUGGAAAUACUGUACUAUGAAGUAUAGUUGGCUCCAGAUUCUGCAGGUGGUCACGUAUUUUCAACAUUUAUCAAUUCUGAUGGUCGUUGAACCUUUGAGGGUCGGGUCACACAUGAGAUUACAGCACUUUUUUUUGUAAUCUUCGCGAGGGCAUUGGAACUUCUGGAAGAACACUUUUUUCAUUUCGGAGGUGAAAGGGAUGCAAAGGAAAAGAAUGAUUUUUCUCACUUGAAGGCCGAGUUGAUGCAGUACUUGGCUGGAACAGUCCAGUCCGUGAACCAUGUGAUGUGAUAUGUCUAUUUUUUUCUGUGUUGCCGAACGCAGAACAGGAUUUUUGGUCGAGGUUUUAGUAGCCCGUGAUGUGAUCUUGUCAAAUAAAUUAAAAAAAAAAAA